UUCCCUGAUUCUUGAGUUCUUGAUUCUUAACAAACACGCUCUAGCGAACCUGAGAAUCUGAUAUCGGAAACAUUUGUUUUAUAUCUCGAGAAAUCGUGCGUGAAGAAGAUUCUCGAUUUUCUCGAGAAAAAAUUCGAAGAGGGUUCUUUUCUCUGGCCAUGUGGCGUCGCGAGGAUCGUCGUGCUCCAGGUGGAGGUUUCUGGACACCACCUCCGACAUGGAACAUGAAGAAAAGAGUUUACACGGCGAUGCCAAUUUCGGAGAGAAAGAGAACAUCUUCGUCGACAGAGAAGCAAGAACCGUUUCACAUGAUCCACAAAGUUCCUUCUGGUGAUUCCCCUUACGUUAGAGCCAAACAUGCCCAGUUGAUAUGUAAAGACCCGGACCGAGCAAUCUCCUUGUUUUGGGCUGCGAUUAAUGCUGGAGAUCGAGUUGAUAGUGCACUCAAGGACAUGGCGGUUGUUAUGAAACAGCUAGAUCGAGCCGAUGAAGGAAUCGAAGCGAUCAAGUCUUUUCGUUAUCUCUGCACUUUUGAAUCCCAGGAUUCCAUUGAUAACUUGCUACUUGAACUCUACAAGAAGUCUGGGAGGAUUCAAGAGGAAGCUGAGCUGCUUGAACACAAACUGAGAUCAUUUGAACAAGACGAGCGUUACGGUGGUAGAAUCACAAUCGCGAAAAGAUGCCACGGGAAGCAGAUCAACAUGACGAUCGAGCAAGAGAAAGCACGGAUUCUAGGGAACUUGGCUUGGGUUCAUUUACAGCUUCAUAACUAUGGAAUCGCAGAGCAACAUUACAGAGACGCUUUGUGUUUGGAGCCUGACAAUAACAAGCAGUGCAAUCUUGCGAUCUGCUUGAUGCGUAUGGACAGGAUCCAAGAAGCUAAAUCUCUGCUUGAGGAUGUAAGGAAGUCUCUAGGUGAUUCAUGGGAAGACGAACCGUUUUACAAGUCGUUUGAACGUGCUAACGAGAUGAUAGCGGAAAGAGAACAAGCCACAUUAGCGGAUAAAUCAGAAAUGAGAAGUAGCUCUUCAGAUAACUUCUCUCCGAGCACUUCUUUCGCGAGUUGGAUGAAGGAGAAGCAGACUGGUCCUGAGCCAGGAAACAAGAAGGACUCGCACGACUCGCAUGUCUCCAUUGGAUCGGUGAACUCGCCGGUUCUGAUUACACAACCCCGGGAGUGUAAAUUGGGAGAUGAUGAUGAGGAAGAAGAUCAUUGGAAAGGGCAAGUGACAAUUGGUGCUGCUCGAAGGCUAAGGUUCGGGAACACUUUCGAAGUCAAACAUUGUGACAACAAGAAUGUGGAAUCAACAGAGUCGGCUAAUAAUGCACUUUGCAUUACAAUCAAAGCAAGGAAGAUGUGUGCAGAUUUAUUGAAAGAGAAACAAGAUUCUGAAAAAGGUUAUCAAACGAAUGCUUCAGGAUCAUCUUCAGCUUACGCUCAGAUCAUGGAUAUAUCUCAAAGAACCGCAUAGGCUUUGACACUAGAGUAUUAUUACUAAAAGGAUUUGUAUAUUUUAGAAAAUUGUAGAAAUGAGUUCGUGUAUUGUAGAUAUGAAAGACCAAAAAACUUGAAAGAACAAAAGCAACAUUUUUUUUUCACUGACAAAAACAAUAAGCAAUACACGCAAAAGUUUCAACACUCGAGAACGAAUUUGGGUUUUCAACACACAUGAAACGGAGAAAACAAAAAAAAAGGGAUUUUAAGAAGGAAAAAAAAAAACGAGGGAAAGAAGAAAGUGACUGCAGCUUACACAGUUUUACGAA